AUGUCGGCGGCAAUGGACAGAGCCUUGAUGGCUCUUUCACUGGAGGAAGAAGAUGAACCGUUCGAAAUGCCGGAUCUACCGGGGUUCUGUUCGAAUGAGAAGAAUAAGCUGAGUCUGGUGGGUAGAAUCCUAAACCCAGAAUGCCAGAAAAUGUCAACUUUAAUUUGGAGGAUGCCUGGAAAAUGGCAGAAGGAGGGUAGAUGUCGAGGAGUGGCUCUGUCCAAGGAGCGUUUUCAAUUCUUCUUCGACCAUGAGUACGAUUUACUUGAUGUAUUGGCGAAAGGAGUACAUACCUUCAAUGAAUGGGCUUUGGCGAUUGAGAGGUGGGUUGAAGAACCACCAGACGAUUAUCUGCAGUUUAUUCUGCUGUGGGUGCGGAUUAGCAACAUUCCUAUGAAUUACUACACAAAGGAAGCUAUCAUGGCGCUGGGAGAGCUGCUGGGAGAAGUUAAGGAAUUUAUCUUUGACCCCACAAAACCGCAAACUCAACCCUAUGAAAGAGUCCAAGUGAAGUUCAAUGUGGCGAACCCUUUGAAGAUGUCAAGGGUUGUCAACAUUAAAGGAGCAAAGCCGGUGAAGAUCCAUUUUGACUAUGAAAGGAUCCAAAAGCGAUGCUUUACUUGUCAUAGGCUGAACCAUGAGCAAAAGGUGUGUCCUCUGGUAGUGAAAAGAAGAAAAGAUGAAACUCUUGUAAGAAGCCAAAGGAUCUCAAAGGAGAUGGAAGUAAAACAAGUUGUUUUAAAAGAAAAUGAUCCUCUUUUUGGAGUUCUUACUGAAGAUCAGGUGGGGAUAAGUUCAAUUACUGGAAAGCCGAAAAUAAUAAAAGAGGUGCUGGAUGAAAUGAGACAGUAUAUGAUGUUGGCCACCGAAGAGGACAGAUACGUGAGGCAAGAAAGAGUGAGAGGCUCGGUAGCUGCGGUGGAACAAGAUCCUAUGCUGAAGCGUACAAUGUUGAGACUUGAGACACCUCCCAUUAUUUCUCAAGACUUUGACAGAGGGAAAGGGAUAGUUUUCAGCUAUGAGGAAUUAAAGAAGCCUUUGGAAGGCAGAAACCAACAGGAGAAAUUUAUGGCUUCUGCAAUCAGAGCUGAUACAGCAGGACGAUGGAACGCUGAAAAGAUCACAAUGGGUGGAAGUGAUGACACUAAGUUUGAUGCCAUUUAUAUGGGUUCUCCUCCUAGUUCGACGGUGUUUAGUACUGGUUUUUCGGAACCGUGUGCUUCAUCCGGGACUAAGAAGAAAACAUAUCAGCGUAGACGUCCUCCCAAGUCAAGAAGAAAUCCUAGGCUGCUUUUGAACGCGGAAAAGGAAGAGGGAGUCCUAUGGGAUAAAGCAGCUGAUAAGAGAGUGGAAGGGAGUAAGAAGAGAAAGGUAGAAACUGAAGUUGGGGAUCUUCUAGUUUCGGAGAAGUCUAAAACCCUAAAGGGCUUGGGACGUACUCAAGACCUGACAAUUCAGAGACUCCGGGAAAUACGUCGAACUCAUUUCCCGGAGAUCAUGUUCUUAAUGGAGACUAAGAAUUGUAGAAACAUUUUGGUGGAUUUGCAGCAGUGGCUCGGGUAUGAUAGGGUAUUCACAAUUGAUCCGAGAGGCUUGAGUGGGGGCUUGGCAUUAUUUUGGAAAAGCGACAUCAAGCUGGAUAUUAAAUAUGCAAAUAAGAAUCUGAUCGAUAUGCAGGUUCAAUAUGGAGAGGUUAGUUUUUUCCUCUCAUGUUUAUAUGGUGAACCGUCUUCAGAGGGGAAGGAGAUUGUUUGGGAAAGAAUCAGCAGGAUAGGGGUCACCAGAAGAGAUAAGUGGUGCUUAAUUGGAGACUUCAAUGACAUCCUCAACAAUGAUGAAAAAACGGGAGGCCCCAUGAGAUCUGAAGCUUCAUUCAAACCUUUUGGGGAUAUGCUUGCGGCUUGUGGAAUGGAAGAACUAGAGUCAUCUGGCAUCAGAUUUACAUGGGCGGGGCAAAGAUGGCAUAAGUGGAUCCAAUGUUGUCUAGACAGGGCUUUUGGGAAUAAAGCUUGGCUGAGAUUUUUUCCUGGGUCGAAUCAGAGGUUCCUGGACAAACGAGGCUCUGAUCACAGACCUGUGCUACUGAAACUUCAAGCUUAUCAAGAAAGAAGAGUGGGUCAGUUCAGAUUUGACAAAAAAUUCUUGUUUCAACCGGGAGUGAAACAUAAGAUCAUAGAGGCGUGGAGAGGUGCAGCGGAAGGGUCCGAAAAUAGAAAUGUGGCGAAAAGACUUCGAGACUGUCGUGGUGCUUUGAGUGAAUGGAAGAAACAGAGGGUCUUCAAUGCCAAAGAUAAAAUUCAUAUUUUGGAGAGGAGGCUAGAAUGGUUUCAAUCAAGAAACUACCCGUGUUGGCAUGCGAUCAGGGUGAUAAAGAAAGAGCUAUGUAGAGCGUAUAAAGAAGAGGAACUCUACUGGCAGCAGAGAAGCAUGGAAAAAUGGCUUAAAUAUGGUGACCGAAACUCCAACUUCUUUCAUGAAUCGGUUAAGGCAAACAGAGCGAAGAAAAGACUGGUUAGAAUCAAGAAUGGGAAUGGAGUAGAGCAAUGGUCAGAAGCAGCAAAAGCUCAAGUGGCGGUCGACUACUUUAAUGAGCUUUUCAGAUCUUCUAAUCCCCCAAGCUACCAGCCUUUGCUACAGGAUAUGAGACCAAGAGUUUCAGAUGAAAUGAACCGGCAAAUGACCGUCGAAGUUUCUGAUGAGGAAAUCAAAUGUGCUGUCUUCAGUAUAAAAGGCGCAAGUGCUCCAGGGCCGGAUGGAAUGUCGGGUUUCUUCUUCCAGCAAUAUUGGGAUGAGAUAGGGCCAAGAGUAUCAGCUGAAGUAAAGAAGUUCUUUGUAACAGGGAGAAUGCCGGCGGAUUGGAACUUCACAUAUAUCUGUCUCAUACCUAAAGUCCAGGAGCCCGAGACUAUGGCUGAUAUGCGACCGAUAAGUUUAUGCUCCGUCCUGUAUAAAAUCAUCGCAAAGGUAUUGGUAUAUCGCCUACAGCCCAUCCUCCCUGAGCUGAUAUCCGUCAAUCAAUCUGCCUUCGUGGCGGAGAGGCUGAUUACAGAUAACAUUGCAAUUGCCCAUGAAGCGGUUCAUGCUAUACGGACUAAUCCGAGCAUCAUGACUGAGACAAUGGUGGUGAAAACGGACAUGUCAAAGGCAUACGACAAGGUGGAAUGGAGCUAUCUUAGGAGCUUGAUGGAGGCUAUUGGUUUCGACGCCAGAUGGGUUAAGCUGAUUAUGGCAUGCGUCACUUCUGUUUCCUUUGCAGUACUGGUGAAUGAUCAACCUUUUGGGAUGGUCAAACCGCAACGUGGUCUACGACAAGGUGAUCCCCUCUCGCCGUUUCUAUUUGUGUUGUGUACGGAAGGGCUUACACACCUAUUGAAUAGAGCAGAAAGAUUAAGCUUGCUAAACGGCUUGAAGUUUGUUGAGGAGGGGCCCUCAGUUCACCAUUUGCUAUUUGCCGACGACAGUUUGUUUAUGUGCAAAGCGUCUGAAAAUCAAGCUAGGACUCUGAACCAAGUGCUCGAGGUGUAUGGCUGUGCAACAGGACAGACGAUCAACUUGCAGAAAUCAGCCGUAUCCUUUGGAUCUAAGGUUGAUCCCGCUGUUAAACUUGCGAUUCAGAGGGUGCUGGGUAUCUCGAAUGAAGGAGGUUCAAGCAAAUAUUUGGGGCUGCCGGAAUGCUUUAGCGGCUCUAAGGUAGACCUGCUAGGCUAUUUAAAAGGAAAGGUGAAUGGUAGACUGAAUGCUUGGUACCUAAGGAACCUAUCACAGGCCGGCAAAGAAAUAUUAUUAAAGACGUCAGCAUCGGCCCUGCCUGUUUUUGCGAUGUCAGUCUUUAAACUCCCGAAAACAAUCUGUGCCAAUAUGUCCAGUGCCAUGGCAAACUUCUGGUGGGGAUCUGAUGCGCAUAUUAGGAAAAUCCAUUGGAUAGCUUGGGAGAAGCUUUGCUUGCCAAAGGAGAGUGGUGGAAUGGGAUUUAGAGACUUGGAAGCCUUUAAUCAGGCGUUGCUGGCUAAACAGGCCUGGAAAGUUCUUACUUUCCCCCACUGCUUGUUGGCCCGAUUCCUCAAGAGCAGAUACUUUCCAAGUUCUAACUUUUUGGACGCCAAACUGGGUGACAAGCCAUCCUUUGCUUGGAGAAGUUUGUUAUCUGGGAGGGAACUGAUACUUAAAGGUCUGCAGAAACGAGUUGGCGAUGGAAACUCUAUACACGUUUGGACGGACAAAUGGGUAGAAGAUGAAGCGGAUGGGUACGGCAUGAGAGCUCCCUGGAUAAAAAACUGUACAUUCAAUGUGAAUUUGAGGGUAAGGGAGCUGAUAGAUUUCCAAAAUAGAAGAUGGAAUAUUCAGGCAUUGGAAGAGGUUUUUGUGCCUUCAGACAUCCAAAUUCUUUUGAAUAACCAACCGGUGACGUCUAAAGAAGAUUUCUGGGUGUGGAAGUUUAACAAAUCAGGUGCUUACUCGGUUAAAUCGGGUUAUUGGCUAGCGGCCCAGGAAAAGAGCAAAGAGAUACGUCAAGUUGCCGAAGCUCAACCAUCCCUCAAUAGCCUGAAAUCUCAAAUCUGGAAAGUGCAGACGGCCCCUAAGAUAAGAACUUUUGUUUGGAAAGCUGUGUCUCAAGCCCUGCCGGUAGCUGAUCUAUUAAGGGAAAGGGGAAUGAAGUGCGAUGAUCGAUGUCAGCUGUGUGGCUUUGAAGGGGAAUCGGUGAACCAUAUACUCUUUUCCUGCCACCUACCUAGGAAGUGUUGGGCGGUAUCCAAUAUCCCCUCUCCUCGGGGUGGUUUCAGCGACCAUUCGAUCUAUGAAAACAUCGCAUACCUCCUGAAGGUGAGUAAGGAUGUAAGGUUCGAUAUUGAAAUCAACAGAAGCUGGCCGUGGGUCCUGUGGUACUUAUGGAAGAACAGAAACGCCUUUAUCUUUGAAGGAAAAUUGUUUGAAGCAGAUGAAAUCAGAAAGAAAGCCAAAGAGGAAGCUGAUGUAUGGUUUGUAGCUCAACAAGUUCAGAGUGGAAUGGACCAAGUGGAGGCGGGUGUGAUAGAGAAGGGAGUACUAGGUAAUGCUCCGAAAAUUGCCAAAGGAUGGGUCCUUUGUGAGUUUGACAUGGACUGGUCGAAAGGUCUUGGGUUCAUGGGGGCGGCGUGGAUAGUGAAAGAUGAGAAGAGAAGAGUUCUACUACAUAGUAGGAGGGCUUUCUCAGAUGUGAAGUCGAUCAAUGAGGCUAAGCUACAGAUCUGGUUGUGGGUUUUAGAAAGUAUGAAGAGUUUGAAGAAGAAUAAGGUGAUCUUUCUUUCAACCUUUGGGGAUAUAGUUGAGGCAAUAGAGAAACCCGCCUUGUGGCCUAACUUACAGUUUGAAGCUACAGAGAUUAAGAGAGAGCUCCGGUCUCUCGAGGCAUGGGAGUUAAGGUUUGGACUUUUGGCUUCAGUUAGAUGUGCCUCUUUCAUCGCUCAGAGUGUCAGGCAGCUUGGUCUGAUGCAGUCUUAUGUAGCGGUUGGCCAUCCACGUUGGUUGGAUCAUAUGUACGUGAAUGAAAGUGGAGCAUAUGAUAGUUAA